AUGCAUCCCCCUCAGCCUACACCCCAUCCUGCAGUUGCCCCCUCUCCACGUCCAUCUACAUCCUCCGUUGGGCUGCCUGUUGCCCCUCCACCUCCGCCACCACCUACGAAGGGCCCUCCACCUCCGACACUACCUAAGCCCAAGUGGAGACCUCCGGCCCCUAGCUCUUCUCCAGACCCUUCUACACCCUCCGUCCACGGGCCUGGUGACUCGCCGGCACAAGCGCCUCAGCCAGAUCCCACCGCCGGCCCUCCUCCAAGCACACCCUCAACAGAAGAUUCCGGCACUCCACGUGCUCCAACACCUACGGCACAUCCCGGAUAUGGUUCUCUUCCACGCACUAGUUCCAGCGGAAGAAGUGGACAUUCUGGCUUGGGUCCCAGAAGUAGCUCUACUGGAAGCAUAAGUUCUUCUAUCAGCGAAAGGGUGGAUGUUCCACCUGAUGUACCGUCUGAAGAAGGCCCCAAAUUUGGUACUCCUCCACGCAAACUCCCUACCCUCCUCAUCCAACAUCUUCAGGCGCCAAGUGGUACGGAGUCUGCUCCCAGUGAUGUGGAAACUCAGCCGCCUGAGCAACCAGUUCAGACAGCAACUGAUGCGCCUGCACCUCCUCCGGGACCCCCACAGCAACCUCAGCCUGAAACUCCCGGGGAGCCAUCAGCCCCAUCCCCUCCGCAGGUGGCAUUGCAGUCCACGCAGCCGUCUGAAACUCCUGCCCCUCCCCCAUCCACAACUCCGGAAGUACCUGAUGGUGAGAAAUCCAAGAAGAAAUCUAAGAAGGGAAAAAAGGCUAAGUCUUCAGAUGGCGGAGAGCCUGAAGGCGGUACUCAUCCCACGGGAAAAAAGAAGUCCCCAUGGGGUUGGGGCUCGAAACGGAAAAGCAAGGAUUCGAAGGUCACUUCCUCUGAAACGGCUUCGCCACCGCCACCCCCACCAUCCCAAGACCCUGUAGAGCCAUCUACGUCUUCAACCACUUCCACUUCUCCACCCGGGCCUCAAGAACCCGCGCUGCGCCCUCCUUCUGCGCCUGGAAUCCCUGCCGUUCCCUCUGAAGCUCCACAAGCACCUUCGCCUCCACCUUCUUCGUCUACUUCAACUGCACCUCCCCCUGGACCGCCCACAGAAUCAGUCUCAGAGCCGCGCGCUGCAUCUCCAGCACCGUCUCCGCCUGGCCCUGCUACGCCGGCGCCUCCAGUGCUCCCCCCUCGACCAGAUGAAGAAACGCCCCCAUAUCAAGGGCCCGCGCCAAUUCAACAGCCUGGAUCUCCACCUGAACAUCCACCUUCCCUACCUGGGGCAACCGUGCCGCCCACACCGACCCCAGCUCCCCCGUCUGAUGGACCGCAACCUGCUACGCCUCUGGAUUAUCAAGGGGGCGCCCGCCCGAAAUAUGGUCGUCCGCCAACCGUUCCAGUACCACAACUUCUCCCGCCGACGUCUACUGAUCCACAUCACAGAAGACGAGGCCCUAUCACCCCCGGUUUAGUGGAAGAAUGGCUUUCGACACCCCCUGCUCCUCCCACGCCGCCGCCUCCAGUGACCCCUCCCCAAACGCGUGAAGGAGAGCUUUCUCAUCCGGGGCCCGUGCCAGAUCCACAGCGCAUACCUCUGUCUGAGCUUUUCCUUGGCGGUCCUGCAGGAGUCGCCUCGCCCCCACCGACCCCCGCUCCCCCAUCUGAUGCUCCCCACCCUCCUCCACCUGCAACGUAUAUAUUGGGCACACCCGCCCCUGCACCGCCCCUCGCGCCUCCACAUGGACCAUUGACAGAACAAGGACCAGUCACGACUCCGUCUGGUCUUCAACUGGGAGCGCCUUGGGUGUCUGUCGGACCGGAAUAUCCACCAGCGCCAUUGACUGCACCAGAAGACGAGCCAGUGGGUCCGCCCGAGGAAUUUCCCCCUUCUCCUCCGGACGGACUUGGUCCUGAAGAGUGGCCUGAACCCCCACAACUUCCGCCUUGGCAAGGUGAUGCAUAUAACUUUCCGAUGGAUAUGCAGCCCCCGCCGCCCCCCCCAGAGGAAGGGCAGCAGCAACCGGCACCAGAGGAGCAGCAACCGCCACCAGAGGAGCCAUCUCCACCACCUGCAGUCCAGCCUACGCCACCAGGAGGGGACCCUCCCCCCCCAGAGCGCCCCCCUUCUCCAAAGAGAGAACCAUCUGAUCAAAGAGUGUUGGAUACGGAGAAGCAAUUGGAAGAUAUGAUAGGAAAACUUGAAGACUACACACUAGGUGCCGAGGUGGUAGCAGACACAGUCAAGUUCGACGCUAAGCUCUUACCCAGAGCACAAGACCUUUUCGAAGAAGGAACUCUUCUUAUUGCGCAAGCUGAAAAAGUUAUUGGCUCCUCAAGUGCGUUCCCUAGGAAGGUGGAGGAUCUCAAACGCCGGCUUAACAAUUGUCGCGGUAUAUGUUCAAACUUACAACGCGGCCCUACCACAUGGGAGAAAAAGCUGUCUGAGCUUAAAGACGUCCUGAAAUCGAAAGCAGAGACCGUGCGAAAAGCCCGGGAGAUAGGGUCCGGGAAGCUUCCAGACUGGGACGCAGUCAUCGGUAUCGAUGCGCUACGGUUCAGCGUGACAGAGGCGAGCAAAGUGCACCAAAGUUUGUCUGCCCUCGGGCGACAAUUCGCAGAUUCUCUCUCCCUUCCCGGAACUCUUCAGUCUGUGGAUGGGGCAAUUCGGGCAGCAGAACAGGAGAUCUCUUUGACAGGGAGCGCUUGUGCGGCUGCGUACACGACAGCACUCCGGAGUGCCAUGCCUGCUUCGUCUGCGGACGCGGUGCCGCCUGGAGAAGACACUCUUCUACUCACGGCGAAGUCCUUCGAGUCUCGGUUGAGAGCAGCAGGCUGCAGCGGACCGGAGCUUCAAGAUCUUGCAAGUGUGAUAGUCGAGAGGCAACGUCUUUCCGGCAUCUUCUGA